UCAACAUUUCAUUUCAUUUAAUCAACAAGUUGAGGAAUAACAAAACAACCAAAAUGAAUACAUUUUUAACAAUUAUGUGUUUUGCUUUGGUAGCAACUGCCACGGCCAAGCCUGGCUACAACUAUCAACAACCAAAACCAGUUGUUAAACAAUCAUUCCGUCCAUCAGCCCCAGUUAGUAACAGUGGCAUAUAUUCUGUACAACAGGCUCCCCCAUUGACCUCAUUCAAUGUUCAAUCUCAAAGCCAACAAAUCAAGCAAAACUUUGUUGCCACCGCACCUGGUCCAGUAUCAGCUCCUCAAUACGCUCCUCAGCCUAUUGAUGUACCCGCUCCACCAGCUCCAUAUGUUCAACAACAAUUUGCUACUCCCGCCAAUUGUACACCCCCAACUGCUCCACAAUAUGUCGGCCCAGCUCCCCAAUAUGUUGCUCCAGUACAACAACCUUCUGUUUAUGCUCCUUCGGCUCCUGCUGCUUCCUCAUCUCAUUACAAUUAUCAACCUCAACAACAAACCAUUGUCUCCAAGGAUAUUUACAUUCACUCUGCUCCUGAGGAAACCGAAGAAAUUGGAGGCGAUAUAGGUGCUGAAGCUGGUCCUAUUCGCAAGAACUACCGCAUUGUGUUCAUCAAGGCCCCAAGCCAAAACUUGAAACUCAAUUUGGAUGCUCUCAAACGUGCUCAAGCUUCCAACGAAGAAAAGACUGUCAUCUAUGUAUUGUCUAAGAAACCCGACCUUGCCAACAUCCAAAAUCAAUUGUCUGCUGUACAAACCGAACAAAAGGCCCACAAACCCGAGGUUUACUUCAUCAAGUAUAAGACUCAAGAAGAAGCCAACCGUGCUCAACAAGAAAUCCAAGCCCAAUACGAUGCUUUGGGUGGUUCAACACACAUUUCCGAUGAAGGUAUUGCUCCCGUUACUUCUGUCAUUGGCGGUGGUCCCGUUAACGUUGGCUCUGUUGGCCCUGUUUUUGGUAGUGGCUCAAGCAAUGUUCCCGUAUUCUCUAGUGGUUCAGCCAAUGGUGGUUCCUUCGGCGGCAGUUCAAACUUUGUUCAAUCUGCUAGCAACAACCAACAAACAUUCGUGCAACAAUCAUUCCAAGGUAGCCAAGGUUCCUCAUCCACUGUUAGCUUUGGCGUUGAAGCACCCAACAACAAGUACUUGCCUGCUCAAAAGAAAUAAGUUGGCAUUUCACUUUUUUCACUAGAUAGUGCCAUUAGUUACUAAU